AGAACAAAAGAAAGAAUAAUCUAGCCUGGAAAGAGCAGGUAGAGAACGGCGUUUUAGCUUGCUCUGUUUACAAACUCAAAUUACAGAGCAGGAAACAGAAGCCAAAAGCCAUAACCAAGGACGUUUUUAACGUCCAAUGGUUUUACAGUUUGGGUCUGCAUUGCCAACAAGAAAAGGAUUUGGAUUGCAGAGCAAACGCCAGAAUCUAGAAAACUGUUGAGCUUGUGAUGGUUUCAAUAAUUGAAGUACAAAGCAGAACCUUUCCCAGAAGUUCUAUGACAUUUUACAUGCAUAUCGCAAAUACAAUUGGGCAUGCCGGAUACAAUCUGACUUGAUCCGUGGCGAGCAACAGAAAGAAACAAGACUUAAUACAAAAUAAGAGAGGAAUGCUGUGGGGUGAAUUUGUGGGAAGCAGUUGGAGUAGAGAAUUUGUGGCAGGAGGUGUGGGGGGUAUGGCUGGAGUGAUCUCUGGUUAUCCACUGGACACCCUCCGAAUCCACCAACAGAACUCAAACAUGCCAACUUCUGUGUUCAGCUUGAUCAAAGAUGUUGUGUCCAACGAAGGCCUUGCCUCUCUAUACAGGGGCAUGGCUGCUCCUUUGGCCGCUAUUACUUUUCAGAAUGCUAUGAUUUUCCAAACUUAUGCAGUUCUCUCAAGAGCUUUUGACUCAUCAGUCUCAGAAAAUAGCCCUCCUUCCUACAGGAGCGUUGCUCUAGCAGGACUCAUAACCGGUGCUUUACAAAGCACAAUUGUCUCCCCAGUAGAACUGGUCAAAAUUCGCCUCCAGCUUCAGAGAAAAGGCCAAUUAAAAGAAUCCUGUGAAGGUCCUCUAUCAGCCACAAGGAAGAUAUGGAAAAGAGAAGGUCUUCGAGGAAUAUUCCGGGGAUUCAGCAUCACAAUUCUCCGGGAUGCACCUAGUCAUGGUGUAUAUUUCUGGACAUAUGAAUAUAUGAGGGAACAACUUCACCCAGGUUGCAGAAAAACUAGUCAAGAAAGCUUGAGCACAAUGCUAAUAGCAGGAGGAUUAGCUGGGGUAGUGAGUUGGAUUGGUUCCUACCCUUUGGAUGUUAUAAAGACAAGACUCCAGGCUCAAACACAAUCAUCACUGAAAUACACAGGAAUCCUUGAUUGCGUGGGACAGAGUGUCAGAGAAGAAGGGCAUAAUGUUUUGUGGAGGGGUAUAGGAACUACAGUGGGUAGAGCUUUUAUAGUGAAUGGUGCUGUGUUUGCUGCUUAUGAGAUUGCUAUCAGAAGCCUGUCAAACAGUGGAAGUAGCAGCACUAAAAAUCUAGGAGAUCCAUCCUUUUCUAGAAACUCAAGACAAUGAGACACCAUUCAAACAAGUGUCUCAGAAACAAAUAAAAGUAAAAAUUUCGCAUUUGACAUUCAUUGCCUAUGAACACAGUUGGCAAGUUGCUAGUUAGUAGCAGUAUUCAGCAAAUUGGAUAAUUAGAAACAUUCAACGGAUUUGGUCUUUUGUACCAUGUCUCUAAUUCAGAGAAUAUAUCUUAGUUUCCCUUUAAGACACUAUGUUCAGAAACAGACAUGUUCAUCCCAUCACCCUUAAAUGAGACAUUUUUCAAUGGAUGAUCGUAUCUCUCGUUUUGCUUAAAAAAAAAAAAAAGGUGCCCUUGAAAUCUGUUUUUCAAGGUAGCUGAAUCAAUAUUAAAUACU